AAGGUUCCAUGGCAGUUGGUGACGCAGAGAGGCUGGUGUCUGGGUGCUCCCCAGAUCCCAGCCUGCCCCCGGGCCCCAGCCCCCCGCCUUGCGAUGCUGUGCCUCCGAAUCGCCAGCCCCAGCCUGGCCCUACUCAGUCUCCUGCUGCUGCUGGCGGCUCUGGGCUCCGACCACUGGCUGCUGACGAAGGAAAACCAAACGUUGAUCCAUUCGGGGCUGUGGAAGUUCUGUAUGAAUCUGAGGUGCCUGAUACCUUUGACUGUACCAGAUCGCAUAAGGGCCAGCAGGGUUUGCCUGAUCCUGGCCGUGAUCGCCGGGUUUCUCUCCUGCUUGGCUCUUCUCGCCUCGGUCUUCCGCUCCCACCUCGGCUCCGUGCCCCUGACCCUGGUCUCCGCCGUGGGCAGCUUCAGCGCCGGUCUCUGUGCCACCGUCGCCAUGGCCGUGUUCACGUCCCACAGCGCCAAGAGCAUGACGGGCGCCUCGGCGCGAGUCAGCUUCGGGUGGGCCUUCGGCCUGGGCUGGGCCGCCUGCCCGCUCGCCCUCCUAGCCAGUGUGGUGACAUUUUUUUCCGAAGGAGCCUCCUCCAGCUGAGUGUGGGGCCUGCGCUGCCCACGGGGGACAGAGCCGGGGGCCGGACGGAGCCUGCAGCCUCGCUGGGCCGAUUCCCCCAGUGCGUGUGUGUGUGUGUGUGUCCCUGCGCACUCCCACAGACCCGUGAUCCCCCCCGCAACAGAGUCCCCCCUUUCUGUUCCCUUCCUUUCCCAGGCCCACUUGUUCCAUGGAGAUUAAAGGGCCUGUUCUCAG